CUCACAUUCUCUUUGCGUACAUUACCACAAUGGAUUCAUAACUCCUCCAAUGAGAACUGCCGCCCAUCGUUGGCGCUCUGCAGUCCGACAUGAAAGAAAGAGGCUCAGACAAGAGUGCCGCGUGUAAGGUCUGUGGCAAGUGUUUUGCCCGCUCGGACACGCUACUCCGCCACGAAAGGAACCAUCACGCCACAGAAGAUCGCGGUCCUGUCCAUCGCGUCACCAAUGGCACUUUUCGUGCAUGUCAUGGCUGCGCAUCAGCGAGAUCACGAUGCUCUGGAGGACUCCCGUGUGGCAGAUGCAGCGUUCGACAACUAGAGUGUGUCUAUCCCAACAAACGCCGCAAGGGCUCUACGUCAAAUGGUCCAGCCGGAAGCGAGAUCGAUGGUGAUGGCCCUCAACAGCAACUCCUGGGUCAUUUCAGCGAACUAGUCUUCACGGCUAACGCCCCGACCCAGGUGUGCUCGGAUGACAAAAUGGCCAGGAAGAAAUCUCCCACGUCGGUCACUACACUAAGCUCUGCAAUUUCCAACGAACCUUAUGGCCAUGCGGCUUUUCCCUCGGGCUACAACCCGACACAGACGUCAACCUCUCAUGCCAAUCAGCUGGCUAUGGGUGUUGAUGGAAUGAACUCGGCGGACGUCCAAAUCAUGCAGCAAAAUCAAUUUGUAAAUCCUCCGUUGACUGCUCCCUUUGACUCCGAUUUUGUAGGAGGACCAUCCACCUACGACUACAAUGCCUUUGACGAACCUCUGAACUGGAUCCCUCCGUCACUAAUUCCCUCUCCCUACGAUGCAGAACUUGAGCAAGACUUUUCAUUCAUACUACCUCCAUUGUCAGCCACACCAAAUCUUGGGCCUGACUACAAUAUGGCUAUCCCAUUGGACUCUGCCGCCCAGAUCUCCCAAGUGCCAACGGACAUCCCUCAGGACAUGUCUGAAAAUCAUGGGUUUCCCGCCUCAAUGAUUGGUGUGGAGCAAAGUCCUGCGUCUUCCGCGAGCGACGGCAUCAAUGUGGCCAUAUCGGUCAACACUGUAUCGACAUCCGAGUCAAAGCGGAAGAAGCGCAAAUCUUCAUUUGCACCCGACCUGUUCAAUACCCCGAGGAGGCAGCGAACCACUUAUGCGUUUCCUGAUUCAACAGACCCUCUCAGCACGAUACCUUCAACUGAUUCAAGGGAUUAUUGCUCUCCUGCGAUCUAUGAAACUAUUUUGGAACUUUUCAGAAAAUUGUGCCUAGACCAAGCUUCGCAGCGCUCGUUUGAGCGCCCGGAUUUCCCGAACAUGUCCAGCUUCAAUGCUUGCAUCAAUCUCUACUUCGAAAACUUCCACUCAAACUAUCCCCUCAUUCAUCGAGCCACAUUCGGGCAUCAAACGCACUGGAUCGUGAUGCUUGCCGUAGCGGCAGUUGGUAGCACUUUCACAAAGGCACAAUAUGCCCUGGACAUUCGAGAAGCCUUUCAGGAGUUUCUACGCCGCGCCGUACAGCAAUACGCCGAUGGUGUGCCCGAUGUUGCUUUGGAUAUUCCACUUGCACAAGCCAGAUUACUCAACCUUGUCGGCCUUGUACAGUCUGAAAGAGACCAGCUCCGUCAAUCAGCACCACGGUAUCAUGCCGACCUAUCACGGUGGUGCCUGGAGUCUGGCGUACUUCAGCUACCUGAGUCUGGUGAUUUCUCGGACUUCAGGCUAGAUGGUGUUGACAGUGAGAGCCCAUAUCAGGCGUGGCAAAAAUGGAUCAGAGCCGAAAUGCUGCGGCGAAUAGGUUACUUAGCAUGGAUGCUGGAUUGCUGUUUGGGUUAUAUGGCGAAUGCGCGGCCGCUGUGCAACAUGGACGAUGCGAGGACGCCACUACCGUGCGUCGAGUCGGCUUGGGAAGCGUCUUCAGCUGAGUCAUGGAUGGACGUCACACGAAAAAUUCCCAAGACGCCCUCCUUGUGCGUUGCACUCGAGACACUUUACAAGAACAAGAAGGUGGAUCCGAUUUACAGCGAGUUGUCCCAAAUAUUGCUGAUUCAUGCUCUCUACAUCCGCACAUGGGAGGUUGGGACUCACAUCAAGCAGCCGCUUAGUGAGUGGGUGCCCACUGGGAAGGCACGUGGAUUCCUCAACACUCCUUCGAAGGACAACUUCUGGCUUCCACUCUAUCCCCUGUAUGCCAACUGGAGGAACAGCGCCUGCGACUGCCUCGACGUGCUACAUUGGCAAGCUUCCAGUGUUGUCGCUCAUGCCUCUGGCGUCGAGCAUGGAGUCAUGCUGCACCUACAUCUCGCUCGAAUUAUACUUCUUACGCCAUUUCAAGAAAUCCAGGACUUGCUGUUCUCCCUGAUAGGCAAAGUUGACAACUCUUCCAAAGCAUCAUUUUAUGUCCAUGACGGUAGCUACCAACCUCGAAACAGUGCGAAGCUGCCCCAAAUCCGGAAGAUUACGUGGCGUUGGCUUCGUGAAGAUCAACACAAGGCCCGCCUUGCGAUGGUGCAUGCCGGUUCGGUGUUCUGGUAUGUACGACGCUACUCCGCAACCAGCUUCUACGAGCCGGUUGCUGUCUACCUUGCCGCACUGGUUCUCUGGACCUACGGGUCGUACAAAUCAAGUGCGCUAGAGCGUGACGCAGCCGCGGCCAUCCACAAACCCGAAGGAGGUCCGAGCGGUCCUGAUGCUGGUGCUGCAAUCCAACCUUCUCGCAUGGAGAGAAAGGGGCGGCCUGUCAGAUUCAUGAAAAAUGUGGCUAACCGUGCCGUUAAUGGGUCCGAGACGCAGCCGAUCAGCUCUCCACGUGCAAGACAACUGUCAGAUGCCGAAACUAUGUCGACAUCGGAGCCGAACAAAGCUGCUAAUCCAUCGGCAUCGUCCCCUCUUCGCAGCUCCGAGUCGGACAGCGAAGAGACGUCAUCUUCGGACGAGCAGCCUGAAUUCAUACACCUGGAUCGACCCUGCGAUGAUGAGAUGAUUCAACAUUUUGUGCGGAACGGAGAGAGCAUGUCUGGGUUUAUGACAGGCGUCGGGAACAUUUGUGAGACGCCACAAAAAGUCCUGCUUGAAGGCGCAAAGCUUCUGCGAACGAGGUUGGCGUGUUGGGGCGUCAGCAGGGAAUAUUACGACAUUUUGACGAAAUUGGCCGAGUUGAGGAAGGCCGGGUAAACAAUGGCGUUGAGGAGGUCACCACGCAUUUCGCUUGUAUAAGGGUUUGGUUACAUAUGAUCGAGACUGCAGCUCACGCGAAGUCGAAGUUCAACAUACACUAAUGAUAUAACGGUAUGCUUGAUCUA